AUGCACCGCAGUCAGAUUCAGGGACGCUUAACGGGGUUCAGUUUCAAUGAUUCUUGUCCAGUGAUACAACACUUACUUUUUGCUGAUGAUAGUUUCUUCAUUAGUCGAGCCAGUAAAGAGGAGUGUGAGGAGAUUAUGCACUGUCUUCACCUGUAUGGGAAGGCGUCUGGGCAAGUAAUCAAUUUCACCAAAUCUGCAGUCACUUUUGGGAAGAAGACACCUGAGGAGGUUAAGGUGAUUGUCAAGCAAACGUUGAAUAUUUUUGAAGAAGGUGGCACAAGUUCAUAUUUGGGGUUACCGGAAUGUUUCAGUGGAUCAAAGCAUGCACUUCUGGGGUUCAUCGGUGAUAAGUUACAAUCUCGUUUUCAAGGAUGGUUUGCGAAAUCUUUGUCCUUGGGAGGAAAAGAAGUCCUUUUGAAGGCGGUGGCGAUGGCACUUCCGGUUUAUGCCAUGUCGUGUUUUAGAUUGAGUAAGAACCUUUGCAGGAAGCUCACAAGUGCCAUGUGUGAGUUUUGGUGGAGCAAUUGUCAGGGGAAGAGGAAGAUUGCGUGGGUUGCGUGGAAGAAAAUGUGUAAAUCCAAAUCAGAAGGUGGUUUAGGGUUUAGGGAUCUUGGGGAUUUUAACCAGGCCUUGUUAGCUAAACAAGCAUGGAGGAUUCUGAAUAACCCUGAGUCUCUGAUUGGGAGAUUCUAUAAAAGCAGAUACUUUCGUAGUCUUCAUUCCUUGAAUGUGGCUCUGGUUCGAGACCGUACUACGCGUGGAGAAGCAUAUUACAUGGGCGUGAGUUACUUAAACAAGGUUNAAUCUUAA